AUGGCACCACGACCGCCCCUGAAGUUGAACAACCAAAACUUGUCGCUCAUUGAGGCGACCGGUGAUGCCUCGGUCAAGAAGCUCCCAACCUACCAGCGCGGUGGCGCCGUCAAGGAGGGAAUCGUCCACGUCGGCGUGGGCGGCUUCCACCGAGCCCAUCUGGCUGUCUACGUUGAUCAGUUGAUGCAGAAGCAUGGUGUGACCGACUAUGCAAUUUGCGGUGUUGGCCUGCAGCCCUUCGACGCCGCCAUGCGCGAUGCCUUGGGAUCGCAGGACCACCUCUACACCGUCAUUGAGCGGUCGGCCAAGGGCAGCUUUGCUCACGUGGUGGGCAGCAUCAACUCCUAUCUCUUUGCCCCGGAUGACCGCGAGGCCGUCAUUGCCAAGAUGGCUCACCCAGAUACACACAUUGUCUCGCUCACCAUCACCGAGAGCGGUUACUACUAUAACGAGAACACGCACGAGCUGCAAAAUCAACAUCCAGACAUUCUGUUCGACCUCGACCCGGCCAACGAGAAGCAGGGCCUCAAGCCCUUCACCGUCAUGUCGUGCGACAACAUGCAGAAGAACGGCUCCAUCGCGCGCCACAUGCUCGUGUCCUUUGCGCGCCUGCGUAACCCUGAGGUCGCCGAGUGGAUUGCCGAGCAAGGUGCAUUCCCCAAUGCCAUGGUCGAUCGUAUCACACCGCAGACCUCGGCCACCGACAAGACGGCCCUCGCAGACACAUUUGGCAUCGAGGACUCAUGGCCCGUCGUCACGGAGCCCUUCAUGCAGUGGGUCAUCGAGGACCAGUUUGCCGACGGCCGCCCACCAUUCGAGAAAGUCGGUGUCCAGGUGGUCAGGAAUGUGCACGACGUCGAGCAAUUCGAGAAGCACAAGCUGCGCCUGCUGAACGGCAGCCACUCGGCGCUAGGCUACCCCGGCCAGCUGGCCGGCUUCAAAUACGUCCACGAGGUCAUGGAGAACCCGCUGUUCAGCAAGUUCGUGUGGCAAAUGAUGCAGUACGACGUGAAGCCCCUCCUGCCGGAGAUUCCGGGCGUCGACAUUGACGAGUAUUGCCACACGCUCAUCGAGCGCUUCUCCAACCCAACCAUCAUGGACCAGCUGCCGCGCAUCUGCCUCAACGCAUCCGGCAAGAUCCCCCAGUUCAUUAUGCCUUCGAUCGCCGAGGCGAUUUGGGUAACGGGCCCCUUCCGCCGCCUGUGCUUCGUCGCAGCUGCUUGGUUCCAUUACGUGAAGGGUGUCGAUGACAGCGGCAAGCCGUUCGAGGUCGAUGAUCCCAUGCGCGAGGUGCUCCAGGCCAAGGCCCACGCAGGCGGUACGAACCCGGCCGAGCUGCUGAGCAUCAAGAGCCUGUUUGGCGAUGACUUGCGCGGCGACGAGCGCUUCAUCAAGGAGAUGACCGCCGCCAUGGAAGAUAUUGCCCGGGACGGCAUCUUGAAGACGAUGCCCAAGUAUGUGGACUGA